AUGAGCAGAUCAGAGGGCAGUGAUGGUACUGCAUUUCAGCUUACUGGCAGUCUCCAUUCUUGUUCAAAAAAUACUGCAGGGACCAAGCCCAUUAGAGGCCCUCCUGAGCUUAAUAAAGUUCUCCCAUCCUUAGCUGACAUUAACACAAUAACCAAACCUUCAAAACAUGCUGAUCUCCCGGUUGAUGUGUUGUUACUGACAGUGAAGAAUUGUGAGUUCUUAGCUUGUUACAGUGAGCUUAAGAACCCCUAUAGAUGUUACUUUGAUGGUUUUGGGUAUGUUUACUUUUCUGAUGUGGAUGGAAGUCAAGAGAAAGUAAAAGUCGCAUUAUUAAAAUGUUACGAGAACAGUAGUUGUCCUGGUGGUUCUCUCAUCUCUGUUAAGAAUGCUGCCACUGCACUAAGACCUAAAGCAGUUAUAUCUGUAGGAGCAUGUAGUGGUCUUCACCCUGAGAAAUGCAAGUUAGGAGAUGUUGUUGUUUCUGCCAAAUUAGCAACAUAUGCAUCCAAAGUGGUGAUCAAUGAUCAAGAGCAGUCAACUGGCACGAGAAAUUAUGUGAGCAAAUGUUUCCUGGAUAUCAUUAAGAAUUGUGCUGAUGGCUGGCAAGCACCAGUGAAGAACCUGGCUGAUGCUCAACAAGUUCAAGUUUAUACUGCUGCUGAGAUUCUGAGUGGACCAGAACAAGUCAUUUCUGGACAGCGACGUGAUCAACUUGCUGAAACCAAUCCUCAGGCAAUAGCAAUGGAAAACCAAGGAGAAGGUAGGCCGACUGCUUUUUUGCAGCCAGUCUUUAUAAGAAGGUGCACACAGCCAGGUCAAGCUUUGCUUGAAGUGGAAAGAGACACAGUAGCAUGCAUCAUACUGUCUUGUACUAGGAAAGCAAAAAAUGUGUUUCCUUCAAAGCAUCAAAAGGUCAGGAGUUUGGCACUUAAAGUCAUGUCUGUCAGUUUCGUUGGGAAAUCCCCUCGUUUUUGCUAGAGAAAUAAUUGUCAUAUUUCCUAAAACAUUAUGCGGCUAAAUCGAAUUUAGGCUAAGUUUAACUCUAGACAUUGUUGGCCAGUUAAGUUGGUCUUUCAAAUGAGAAGGCUCUUCAAGGACCCUGGGGAAUUCACAGCUUCUCUGUUGAGGUCGUACCAUUACAUUCACGUAGCUUAUUAAUGUUGCUUGUAUUGGUCAAUUGUUCUGCUCCUUACCCUGCCUUCCCUUUGGUAAGUACAGUGGAACCCCGUUAAUACUGUCACUAAUGGGUCAAAACAAUUUGGCCACAUCAACGGAGUGGCUGUAUUACAAGGGCACGGUCAAACUUCAUGACUUGAGGACUGUAAUGACAAGCACAUCAUACAUUGCUGUCGCACUUCUUGUACAACUCUGUUCUCUGAAAGAAAUAACAGGAAUGUAGAUAUCACGUACCGUAGUUAUAAAAACUACUUGAAACUCCGUCAGGACAUAAAACAGUUUUUAAAAAUCGGCUAUUAGACCACCACAAAAUACAUUGUAAGUGACCAUAGUUUAAAAACAGUAGAAAAACAAGCUCAGCUUAAUUACUAGGUCAAUGAAAUUGACAUAUCACAGGCAUUUCAAUUUUCAAAAUUUCUGACAAGUGGCCGUUUUGGUGGGGUGAAAUAUUUUAUUGUAAAAGAUGGUACUGUUUGGGAUUUUAAAAUAUGGCAAUUGGCCACAUCAAUGGGUGACUGUGUUAACAAGGUUUUUUCAUUAGAAAAUGUAUGGCCAUUUUGCCAGGCCAAAAAUAACAAGGUGACUGUAUUACUAAGGUGGCCAUAAGGCGGGGUUCCACUUAAUAAAAUCUCCAUUGGUUAGCUGUGAGAUGGUGCCUAAAUUAUUGCCACUCGAAGGGUUGUCAUGGUUAUGAGCAGCUGCACUCGACUGCAGUUUCCUGGCUCCACAAGCCUUGCAAGCACCUCCACCCACACUCAUCUUUGUUGAUAAAUUUAAAUUACACUAUAAUGAAACUUAUACAAAAAUGGCUGCCAACAUCUCCCACUGUCUGGUCAAGUUUCUUAUUUUGCUGAUGAAGACACUUAAAUGAAACAGGACUUUUCCCAAAACUCAUGUACUGUUUGUUUUGUUGUCCUACAGGAGUAUUUACAGCAGCAUUUGAUUGUGGAAUUGAGUGGUUAAUUGUGGAAGGAAUAGCUGACUAUGCAGAUGGUUCUCAGUUAGCUUCAGAGAGUUGGUCUUCCUGUGCCAGUGUGAUGGCAGCAUCUCUUGUUGCACACAUGUUGAGUGAACCCCGUGUUUUCCAUUCAUGGCCUCAUUAUCAAGGUAAUCAUGCUAUCAUAAAGUGCUGCCACAUCUUGGUAUCUGAUUUAUUGAAUCCAUUGUUGGGUUCGUUCCAUAGUACAGUCACAGAUAAGCUACAUGGUACAUGCUAUGGGGUGCAUGCCAUCCCAAAUUCAGCUGUCCAACACUCAUCACUUGUUCAAGUUGUUUAAGUUGAGAUUCAAGUACUAUAGUGAAUGUGAUACGUUUCUGUAAAAUACCAAGAAGCAUAAGAAGUGUGCAUCGUAUUAUUUAGGGACCAGUACAAUUUGAGAUAAUUUGCAGUAUUUAGAAGCUAUCAUGAUAGUCCGCAUUAUACCGUAAAUCCUCUAUUAAGCCCCCCUCUUCUCAAAUAAUCCCCGUCCCUCUUAUAAUCCCCCUCCCCUCCCCUUUAUUAUUCUUUACUAAUAAUUGAUAGACCGUUUUAAUCAAUCACGACUGUGAAACUUCGUGUGGAAUGAUCCAGGAUGGUUUCAUACCAACUGGAAGUUGGAUAUGAUUCUGAUCCUCCGUGCAUGACCUUAAGCCUUCUUGUACUUGAGUUUUUCCACUUAGUUUUGUAGUUCUCUAUGGAGAGCUGCUACCUUCGUCUUUUCCAAAUUAAUUAAGCCCCCCUCCCCCCCCCCCAAUCUCAAAUAAGGAGGAUUUACGGUAAUGAUAUUUUGACAUUUGAUAUGCAUAUUUUAGACAGUGGUGAAAAUAUUAUUAUUAUCAUCGUUUUAUUCGUCAUCGGUGAAUCAAUAAAAUAUCAAUUUUGUUAUCAAACUAAUGAGUGUUUUUUCUUCAGAACCGCAACCACAAGAGUUAAUCACCCACUAUGAUGAAACGUUAGUCGCUCCUUUCAUCGAACGUAUGAAGAAACAUAUCCGAGAUGUCACUGAAAAACCUUACGGAGACCUCAAAUCCCCUUUUCAUAAUCCAGGCGAAGGACCUAGAAGAGAUCUAAAACUUGACGAAAUCUUCACUAAUUUGAUUGUUUAUAAAGGGAGAGCUAAGUAUGACUUUUCAGGAGACAGAGUGAAACAACUAAACGAGUACCACAAAGGCAAUGACAGUUUACGACCAACACCGCCAGGAGAUAUUUUUAAUGCUAAAGAGCAGAAGAUUCUUGUUGUCGGUCGCCCUGGAAUUGGGAAAACCAUGUUUAGCACAAAGAUUCUUCGCAACUGGGCGUCCGAUAACCUUUUCAACGAAACACAAAAAUCGCAAGUCGAUUUUAAAGUUGCGUUUCUCAUUAAGCUGAGAAUGUUUAACUCUAGAAACCAAGAACUAAAUCUUCGCGAGAUUCUGGAUCACUCAGAGUAUUCAACCGCUCUUUCCGAAGAGCUCUGGAACUACAUCCGCCACAACCCAGAGCGAGUACUGUUGAUUUUUGAUGGAUUUGACGAAUAUUCUGGUAGGACUAAAAUAAGUAAAGAUGACAUUCCGUACAGAAACAGUGAAGAGGAAAGGAUGCCUGUUUAUUUCCUUAUGAAGAAAAUAGUACAGGGAAAAAUUCUUACCGGUGUGACAAUCCUAACGACUACAAGACCCAAUGCCGUGUCAUGUAUCACAAGUCUUCACUUUGACAAAACAGUUGAAAUUCUGGGAUUCUCAACUGAGCAAGUAAAUAAUUAUGUAGAGAAGUUUACAAAGGAGGCGGACAAAGCGGAAACCAUAAAGCAACACAUCACCAGUAACUUAAACCUUGUAGCCUUCUGCUACGUUCCUGUUAAUUGCUUUAUCAUUUGUAGUUGCUUGUUAGAGCUGCUUGGUAACACUGGCUUUACCAGCCUCCCGACGAGACUGACAGAAAUAUACUCAAUUGCUCUAAGGAUGUUUUACUUUAGCUACGAUGAUGAUCAAUAUCGCCUCAAUAAAACUGAAGGUCAACAGUAUUUUCUUAAGCCGUUUAAGGAACUGCCUUCCUCUGUGCAAAAUGUGUUCACACGACUGGGAAAAAUUGCUGUUGACGGAAUUAAAAACGGAAGACUAACUUUUGAAUCACACGAAGUUAACGACCUAAAGGGUAAUGGCCUGUUUCACCGUUUACCUGAUUUUAGAGACCGUCCUUUAGCAGAGGGAAGAGCGCAAUAUUGCUUUUUACACCUGACCUUACAGGAGUUCUUAGCGGCGAAGUAUUUGGUAGACACGUUGAGUUCCGAACAACUGCGGGGUUUUGUUUCCGAUCACAUCAAGGAUGGCGCGUGGAAGGUUGUGAUGCAGUUUGUGGCUGGACUGCUGGCUGAAAAAGAAGGACAAUCAACAGAUAUUUUCAGCGACCUUCUUCCCUCAGAAACUGUUACUGGAUAUGUUGCCAUCAAGAUGAAUGAAGAUUCAGAGGAACGAACUGAAACACUGACCUGUUGGCCAGCUCCUGAACACAGGUUAUUAGUGGUGACGCUAUUCAAUUGCAUGUAUGAGAACAAAGCCUCUGAUCGAGAAGUUCAAAAGAAACUGGCGAAAAUUGGUUGUAAUGCGCUUCAUUUUUUUGAUUGUAACCUGUCACCUCUCGACUGUUUAGCAUUAGUGCAUGCACUUAAAUCUGUUGAAGGAAUUUUGCAUUUUGAUUUAUACAGAAACAACCUUCAGUCGCUAGGAUGUAUUGAGAUUGCGAAGUUGUUACCUGGCAACCGACACAAUCAGGGUUUUUGCGAACUAAAAAGAUUAGACCUCAGGCGUAACAACAUAACUGAUGAAGGAGUAAAACAUUUAGCUACAGCACUCACACACAAUAAGUGCACACUAAACAGCUUAAACCUCAUGGCUAACAACAUAACUGAUCAAGCAGUUAAACAUUUAUCUACAGCACUCACACACACUAACUGCAAACUAAACAACUUAAACCUCUGGGAUAACAAAAUAACUGAUGAAGGGGUUAAACAUUUAUAUACAGCACUCACACACACUAACUGCAAACUAAACAACUUAAACCUCGGGUUUAACGGAAUAACUGAUAAAGCAGUUAAACAUUUAUCUACAGCACUCACACACACUAACUGCAAACUAAACAACUUAAACCUCGGGCAUAACAGAAUAACUAAUAAAGCAGUUAAACAUUUAUCUACAGCACUCACACACACUAAAUGCAAACUAAACAGCUUAGACCUCGGGUAUAACCACAUAACUGAUGAAGCAGCUAAACAUUUAGCUACAGCACUCACACACACUAAAUGCAAACUAAACAGCUUAACCCUCGGGAAUAACAACAUAACUGAUGAAGCAGUUAAACAUUUAUCUAUAGCACUCAGACACACGAACUGCAAACUAAACAGUUUAGUCCUCUGGGAUACCAAAAUAACUGAUAAAGGUAAAAAUCUCCUAAACUCAAUGAACAUAAACUGUGAAGUAAGUUUCUAA